GGCUCACACCAUUUUUCUUCUUCGUUCACGAUAGAGACCGCUCAUCUCAUCCGUUGCUGGUCCGCGGUUUGUCGGCGCCACCGGAGAAUGAAUCGGGUAUCUCAGUACCUCAGAGGAAGAUGAGCGAUACGGAAUCUCGAGACUUAGUGUCUGGAGGAGGAGCAGAGGCAGAAUCGGCAACAGCCCACACUGCGCAAUCGUCGUCUGCUAUCCUUCGCCGCCACCGCGUCAAGUUCGUGGCAGCUUCCACCGAAGAACAGACUGUCACGCAAGCUGCCGCAGACCGCAGCAGAGGACAGUCUGUUUCUUCGUUCUACGCGUCGUUGGUCGGUAUCAACAAGAGCCCGGAGUCGGACACGCCAACCCCUCCGCGCGAGAGCCCGCCAGAGACGUCUAUCGCGCGUCUGCUUGAGAAGACCCCGGUCGAGGCGCCGAUCGCGCGACUGCCGGUCGAAGAACACUCUUCGGGACAUCGGUACCUGGUUCGCUAUGGCUGGCACCCUCUACAGCCGGUGGGUUUAGGUGCGCCGGGGCGAGAAGGUCGACGCGUGCCGGUAAGGGCGGAGGUGCGUCCGGACUACGCGGGCGUCGGCGCGAAGGUGAAAACCCGGGCGGCCGACGCGAAGAAGCAGCAGGAUGCGCCCAAGAAAGUGACAAAGGCCGAGCGAAAGAGGCUACAGCGAGAGAAGACGGAGCGCGAGAAGCGUGAACGGCAGGCGCUGUAUGAUGAGAUUGUGCGUGGGCGGUGAAGUGCGCUGACACCUGCUGAGUGUCUGGUACCUGUGAUUAGGGUUUCGCUUUCAACCUGUUCCUGCUCUUCUAAUUCUGGCAUCUCCCGG